AUGGAUAACUCUAUUCUACAAAUUAGACGCCAAACGUGCUGUAAUGUUAUGAAAAUGAUGUUGGAGAAAGUCGAGAGACAUGAGAAGAAUUCUCGGCGUAGAAUAUCGCAUGUUGAUUCGUCCUCAGUUCGUCAAAGAAAGAUUAUAAGUCAGCGGAUUAUGAGUCAGCUACACAAACAAAAAGAAAGUCUAAAAAGAUCUAUAAUUCGCAAGAGGACAAUGACAGAACAAAGUAUUCGACGAGAAGUCAAAUCAGAAGUUCAGAAGGCUCUUGAUAAUUCUUCACAGCCUACGACUUCCAAGAUAAAACCAGAGAAGAAGGAGGCUAGAACAGUUGAAAGGUCUUCGAAUAGACACAGUACUACCAUGGAAAAUGCUCCAAAGGACGUCGGAGAUGUGUAUUGUGUUUGUCGUACUCCAUAUGAUAAUACUAAGUAUAGUUAUUUUUAA